AUGUCUUUUGACAUUAACUGGAAUAAGGUAAAUGAAGACCCUAAGGUUAAUCAAAACAUCAAGGAUUUCUUGAAUUCGUACCUAGAAUCGAUAGUCCUACCCAGUUAUGUGAACAAUAUUCAGAUGACAAAGUUUAAAUUGGGUGAACUGCCGCCAAACAUCAUUCUAAAAAAGAUAGAUGAUCCUCUCCAUGAAUUCUACGAGGCUGUAGCAGCGGAAACGGGCUCAAUUGGGGAUCGGAAGAGCGACCUGCAGUUCUUAGUUGAGGUAGAUUACAAGGGAGACAUGUUGAUAGAAAUCAGCGCUGAACUAGUGCUCAACUAUCCCAGCCCAAAUUUCAUGCGACUACCUGUAAAACUGACCAUAAGCGAUAUUGGUCUUCAUUCUCUAUGUCUGAUAUCAUAUCUUCAAAAUCAACUGUUUAUAAGCUUUCUAUGUGAUGUUAGUGAUCCAAUUCUGGACGAUGCGGAGACUAUAUUGGAUACCACCGGGCCCACCUUUUUAGGCUCCAAGUCUUUAGACAGAAUAUCUUUGAUCAGGAGCAUGAAGAUUCAGACUGAGAUCGGCCAGCAGGAUGUAGGUGAAGGCACUAUACUGAGGAGUGUAGGUAAAUUAGAACAGUUUUUGUCGGACAUAUUCAAGAAUAUGCUACGUAAGGAGGCUGCAUGGCCCAGUUGGAUAAAUCUUGACUUUAAUGAAUAUGAAGAGGACGACGAGGACGACGAGGAGAACUAG